UCCACAUUUGUCGCUUUGACACUUUAAGUUUCGGUCGUUUUUAAACUCUCUGAAGUGUCUUUGUGUGUUUUGGAUGAUUCGUGAACUUUGUAAACUCCUGUUCUCCGCAGUAACUCCCGUCAUUCACCGAGCUUUAACCGUCCAGCUGCUAUUUGGUCCCGUAUGACGGCGGAGCGGGAAGUUUGAACCUGACUGGCUGAGGUUAGCCUGCCGGCUAACGGCUAGCUAACACUCCACAAAACAAGUGUAAUUAAACUUUAACUAAAGUGAUCGUCACUAUGCUACCUCAGCCGGACUCUAGCUCAGACAAAUUGCGGGCUUUAUCCGGUGAAACCAGUCUGGACCAGUCCUCCUGCAGCUCGGACACCGGGCACGUUUUAAUCCGUUCCACUCGGGUUCUUGCCUCUGAUCGGAGACAUGAAGCUGGACCAGGACCCGGAUCUGUCCAGAUAACUGUCCAGAAACUGCCGGUCCUUCGCAUCCAGCCUCCUGUGGCCGAGCAGCAGCGGCCGAAGCCUCGACAGAAGCUGCGGGCAGCAGUGCGGUGUCAGCCCGGAAUCAGGGACACUCGGACGCUGAAGAAACCUGAACUGACCAAAGAGAACAGAGAGCCGAAGCAGCCCCCAGCAGCAGAGUCGAGUCCGGACAGGAAGCUCUCUGCUGGGACGCCUGGCGACCGGCAGCCUGGUCACGACCUCCUGACGUCACGGUUCGCUGCUGGGGGCCGAGGAGUCGUCCUCGCGGCUCUGAAGCAACGCUCUCACGGCGCCACCCGCAGGAGGGAGGUCAAAGUGCAGCUGUUGGACCCGGGGCCGGCGCAGACCAGCUCCCAGGAUGCAGUGGGUGUGGCGAGCGUCCGGUCGGAGGCGGGGUCGUCCGCCGGUCGCCCAGAAGACGACGCUGACGCGGCAGCUGCUGCUCAUCCCAUCAAGGCUCCGUCAGGUUUGGAGGCUCGAGUGUCUCGGCUGGCCGACGGCGUCCAGACGCUGCUGCGGGCUCACAGGGAGGACGGGGACAGGGGGCGGAGCCUAAGCCAGCAGACGUUGCAUCACCUGGAGACGCUGCACAGCCACCAGCUGCAGCUGCAGAACCAGCUGUGGGAGUCAGCUCUCAGGAUAAUGACGGGCCACGCUGCUGUGACCCAUAUGACCUCUGACCCUGCCGUGACCCCUGACCUCACACCUUCAGGUCAGCCAGCCCAUCUGCAGGUCACUCACCUGGACACAGCAGCAGAUGUCCUCAGCAACCAGCGGCGAAGCUCCUCGGCAACCGUGGCCGCCGCCGCGGAGACUGGCCGAGUUGCUAUAGCAACACCUCGCCGUGCCCGACGGCCAGAGCAAACCAGAGAGGACCGGUAUCGUCGAGACGCACCCAGUGUUUCCACGGCAACACAGCCUGCUGCAGGAAGUCACCUGCAGUCUUCGACCUAUCACAAUCAGGCAGCGGCAACGAGAGGCACCGAGGUGCUGAGGGAGAUUGGACGUUUGAAGACUGAGAUGGAGAUGCUGUUGACGCCGGACGACUCUCUGAAAACCAGCCGACCUGAACCAGACCACCACCUGUCCCAGCAACACCUGCUUCAGUCCCAACAGUCCUACUCUCAGCAAAUCCAGUCCCAACAAAAUCUCCUGCAACCAACCCACUUCCAAUCCAAGUCCCAACAGUCUAAGUCCCAGCAAACUGAGCCCCAACAAUCCACGUCCCAACAAAACCAGGCUCAAUCCCAACAAGUCCAGUCCCCACAAACCCACUCCCAGUCCCAUCAAAGCCCUUUUCCACAAGUGCAGUUCCAAGAAAAUCAGACCCAUCCAGCCCAGUCCCAGCAGUCCCAGUCAGUACAGGUCCAGAGGAGGCCUCCAGUUCCAUCCUUGUUGGAGGAGGCAGGUCGGGUUCUCCGUCAGGUUCAGAGACAGAAGAAGGUUCUGGAGGAGAACCUGGAUGCUCUGCUAAGAGUCCGAACAGGAGAGGUCCUGCACUGCCAACUGGAGGCACUGGCUGCUAACAGAGACUUGGCCGAGGAGGUUCGGAUCAAGAAGACGGUGGACGCCUGGAUCAACGCUUUCACCGGAGACACCCAGGUUGAGAUGUCCUCAGAGGACCCUGCGACCAAACACUCAGCCGGCAGAAACGCCACGGUGACAUCACAGCAGAGGGCUGCUGGGAGCUCCACCCACAGGGGCAGGGGGAGGCCAAUGAGCACGCUCAGAGGACCGGGAAGUAGAGGACAGACAGCUGGACACAGACGGCUGCAGGGGGCGGAGCCUGAGAGACCCACAGGUGGAUUGAAAGACAGGGAGCAGGUGGAGGUGGACGGAGAGUCGUACCUGACUCGUCUGUAUGGCAGAGCUCCGUAUGAAGGUCAGAGACGAACCCUGAAGAAGAGUCCGUACCUUCGCUUCAGCUCACCUAGCUCACCGCUCAGCCUCAAGCCCCGCCCCCGACUGGUGGAGAGUGUCAGAGGUGUGAAGGUGAAGUCCUGUAAGACUCAGACGUGUGUGGACCCUCCCCUCAGUCAGUCACCUGGACCACCUGAGGGUCAUUGCAUCAUCAGCUCCUCCCACCUGACCUCUGGUGACCUUGUAGGCGGUUACUCUGUUCCCAUGGCGAUCCCGCUGGGUCGUCCCAGGAUGGACUCUUCCAGGUGUCUCACUGAGCAUCAACAGGAAGUGACAUCACCACCUGCAGCUCCUCCCACAUCUAGCAUGGUUGCCAUGGACGACGGAGCUGAGCUGCUGUCACAUAAGGAAGAGCAGCUGGAUGCAGAUGAAGCUCCUCCUCUUCCUCGUGUUGACAUCAUCAAGAGGAAGAAUGAAGAAGAAGAGGACGAAGAGAGUGUCUUCCCUGGAGCUGACUUCCUGUCCGUCGCUGACAGCGUCCAGCAGGAGGAGGUGAGUGUUGUGGGUGAGGAAGCGGUGGAGUUGGAUGGAGGUCCGUCCCCCCCUCCCGUCCUGUAUCAGGGUCCAGUCUUUCCUCCCCAGGCCCCCUCUGCCCUCCCUGAACGGGUCCAGGCCUCUGCCCUGGGCCUCAACCUGCAUACAGACGUCCUGGAGAACCGGCUGGUGGAAUGGGUGGAGCAGCAGCUGAUGUCCCGGAUCAUCUCAGCGAUCUACCGCCCCCCUCCCUCUGACCCCGCCCAGGACGACUCCACCGACCAAUCCGAGCCUGAGGAGCAGAGCGUCACCUCAGACAUUGUGGAGGCAGCAGGAGGUGGAGGUCUACAGCUGUUUGUAGACUCCAGCACGUCGGUGGACUCGGCUCUGAUCAGGCAGCUGGUUGAUGAGGUUCUGACCGAGCAUGUUGCCCUGAUGCUGGGGCACAGAGACCCACUGGAAACGGGACCAGAACCAGGACUGGAACUGCCAAAACCAGGUCCAGGAGCACAUCACGAGGAGAGACUGGUAUCACUGGUUCCUACACCAGUACCUACUCCUUCAACCAGCCCCACCCAGCCCAGCAGAGAGACCCCGCCUCUGACCACACCCCCUGCUUCUGAACCAACCAGCCUAUUGAACGAAGAGUUUCCUCAGCCAAUCACAGCACCAGAGACUGUAGCCACGCCCACGCCCAGUCCAGAACCCGCCCACUCUGCAGGAAGUCCUCCUGCUGUCCUUCGAGCCCCGCCCCCUCUCACCUGGGGAGAUGCUGAGCUGCCAUUGGAUGAGGAGAGACCAGAGGAACACCUGGAUACACACCCACAGCCGCUGGUGAUGUCAGUAGCAGAGGCAGAUCCUCCUCUCUCCUCCCCUCUUCUCCCUCCUCCCUCCAUCCCUCCUGCUAUCUCCCCAUCUCCUCCUCCCCCCGGUCCUGAACCCAGACCAGUGUCCACCUGCAGCUCCUCAGAGGACUCCAGCUCCAGCAGCUCCAGUGGUUCCAGUGGUUCCAGCAGCAGCAAUGUGGUGACAGCAGACACUGAUGGAGCACUCAAACACAUCUCAGAGGGAGAACUGCUCCUCAGUGUGAACCAGCGGGCCGCCAUGACGGAGGAGGAGGUUGUCUGCAGUUUGUCCAGUUCUCUGCAGGAGCUGCAGGACAUGGACUUUGACCCCCCCAGUGAAGGACAGGUCAGAGGUCAUGACCUCCUGCUGACCCUGCUGAGCAAGAUGGAGCAGGGAGUCACACACACACACAGAGGAGAGAGACCACAGCCGGAGGGCUCCUGGGGGGGGAAUCAGGAGGAGGGGGAGGUGAGCGUCGGGGAGGUGAGAGACAAUCAGACUACAAAUCCCAACAGCAAGAGAGCAGCAGCCCGACGGGGCGAAACCUCCUCACCUGGACAGAUCAGUCAGUGUGCAGGUGUGUCAGAAGAAGUCAGUCAUGAAGCAGCUAAUCAGGGCUCACUUACCGUGGGCGACCUGAUGGGAGACCCAAUCGGUACACUGACCUCUGACCUCCAGACUGACCUGUCACUGUCUCCUCCUCCUCCUCCACACCUGGAGGACACACAGGUUGUUGCCGUCCAGGUCAGGCAGUACGACACACAAACAGCUGGAACCAGGAGGAUGGACGUUCAUCUGCCCCCCAUCAGACCAGACCAGGAGCAGGAGGAGGUGAUGGAGGAGGUGAGGGAGGAGGUGAUGGAGGAGUGAACUGACUGAUGAUGAGAGGACGGGACGACUGUGUGGACAUGAGAUGGACUCACAGGCUGUUUGGACAUAGAGACUCGAUAUCUGUUUGUAUGCAGAUGACACAGAACUGGACGUCUGUGCUGAACCCCGCGAUGCUGCAGCUGCAGACCCCGUUACUGCCUGUAAUCAAUACAUCAAUACAUCAAUGGAUGAGGAAUCAUUUCUACAAGAGGACAAAGCUGAACUCCUGCGAGUCGCCCUGAAACAAACAGAUCAUUUGGGAAGUUAACUCCCUGGAUUAAAUCAGAUCUCGGUGUUCUCCUGGAUUCAGAUCGAAGCUUCACGUCCCACAUCAAUAAGGUGACGAACAUUUCAUUCACCUGAGAAACAGCUGAAGAUUGACGGUUCAUAAAUGAAGAAGGUGCUGAAAAGCUGAUCCAGGUCUUUAUUUAAAGCCACUCGAUCACUGUGACACAUUAUUUACUGACAGAAGAAGAAAACUCGUCUGUUCUGAAUCUUGAGUUUGAUUUUCUUCAUGUCUUUAAUGCUUCAUUUGGCCCCGAGCCUGCAAGUGAGAACUGUGGGAACACACAGAUAACAAUACAGAGUCUGCUGUCAGCGCACACACACACACACUAAACACACACUAAACACACACACACACACUAAACACACACUAAACACACACACACACUCUAAACACACACACACACACACUCUAAACACACAGAGUCAGUGUGUUGUAGAUAAAAGGAUGAUAAGCAGGAAGUGGGAUUACUGAAGCAGCAGGAGAGACAGUGAGACUGACACUGACCAGAACACACACACACACUCACACACACCGAACACACACACUGAACACACACAGCUUGAGUCCAGCAGCUCUCAUCAGCACAAACUGCAGCAUUUGAUGUAAAAACUGACGAUAGAAACACGAAACCUGCCUGUCUGUCUGUCUGUCUGUCUCUCUGUCUGUCUCUCUCUGUGUCUCUCUCUCUCUCUCUCUCUCUCUGUCUCUCUCUCUCUGUCUCUCUCUCUCUGUGUCUCUCUCUCUCUGUCUUCCUGAUGAUCAAUAUUCUCAGACGGAGGAUUAACUUCUGAUCCGUUUUAACGAAGCUCCAGACGAUCAGCUGAUCUCAGGCCUGAGGACACAAACACACAUCAAACACACGCUGCUGCUCCUCUUCAUCACCUUCAUCUGUUCUUUGCUGAUUAUUGAUAGAAAACGUCUUCAUCGACUGGAAGAGAAAGACUUGUUAUCGUCUGUUCAUGAACAUCUUCAGACAGAGGACCCGGUUUAUGUGUGAGGUCCUGAUCUGGUUCACGUGGUGGACCCGUGGUGGACUCGUGUCUCCCGUGGGUUCUUGUGUCCAUUAAAGAUCCAGAAAUAUCAGCAUGAAGCUUUAAAGCUCUUUGUUUGAGCAGCUUCAUUAAUUCUUCAUCGUCUCCAUUGUCUUCAUGUGCUACGUUCAGACCUGGACCUCAGUCCUCCAACUGGAUCACUGAGUCCUCGUGCACCCGCAACCAGGUGAUCAGCCGAUCAUAUGAAUGAUCACCAUGGUUUUGAACUGUUACUCAGCGUCAGCCUGAAAACAGCACACAGGAUCAACAGAUCCCAGAUCAGCUUCAGUCCGUCACAGGAUCUGCAGUCAAAGAGCUGAGUGGGACCACGGAGACGUUUCCUGCUCAGACUCCUUCUGAUGAAUCAUUUCAGGCUUUUAAAGACGCAAAACUGGAACAAACUCUGGCUUAAAGUCUAAGUUUGUCCAACAUGACGUCUUCAAACUGUCAAAACAGAAUUCAGAUCAGUAAAAACAGCGUCGAGUCCUCGUGUCUCUCGUGUCAUCUUCCUCUCAGCUCGUACAGAAUAACCUUCCAGUCUUUGUCUCUGGUGGAUCGGCUUCUGUCUGCGUCUGUCACUCCGUCCUUAUUCUUUUAUGUUGUGAAUCUUUAAUGCGGCUGAUGGAGAACAUAAACCUCCGCCGGAGAAAACAGCUGCUCUCAGAUCAGCCGUGAAGCUGCUGCAGGUUCAACAGAGAAACAGUCCAAAACCAGCAGAAACGAGUCGUUCUCAUCCAUUUCUGAUCUGAUAUUUCAAAUGUUUCUCAUCAGAUCAUCAGAUGGAGUUCCUCUGUAACAUCCAAAGCAUCUGUUUUUACGAUAAAACACACACACACACACACACACACACACACACACGGUACUGAGGUCCUGUGUGUGUGCGAUUUCACAUCCAGACACACAGACGUCCCCACUGAGCUCAGUGGAAUGAUGUGGUUGACUGUGCCAGAAGAGACAGAAGAUGAAGGUUUUGGGUCCAGGUAGAGUCCAGUUAGGGUCCAGGUAGGGUCCAGGUAGAGUCCAGUUAGGGUCCAGGUAGGGUCCAGGUAGGGUCCAGGUAGGGUCCGGGUAGAUUGAUAUCCUCACUGAGAAAGAGAGUCGAGCAGUUUGAUGGUUUCAGCGUCUGCUGAUGCUGAACUCUGAAAUAAACUGACCAAAUAUUCAAAAAGUUACUUUGACUACAGAGAAAAUGUGAAACUUAACAAAGUGACCUGCUGUGUUUCCUCCUCCAGCACCAGGUAACACAAACAGUACCCUCUGUUCCCAUGGCGACACAUCACCUCGCCUACCCCUGUGUCACUGCAGACCCUCGUGCAGGUUUGUACAGCCUGCUGCGGCCUGAACACAGUUGAACAGAAUUUUGAUCCCUUUGGGUCGUUCGGCUCAGCGGCGUCUUUGUCCCGGUGGCUCGUCUGAUUGGUCCACAGGUGACAAGCUGAUUAACGUUAACAGGACGUUUUGUCCUCGGAGGAAACGAGUCUGUUGAGACUUGAACAGGAAGAUUAGAAAGAAGCUUUUCUCAGGAAAUCAAACUAACUAAUGAUUACAGAAAAAACAACGUCUGACGGACAGACAGAGAGAGAGACAGACAGAGAGACAGACAGACGUUCAGAGAAAGAGAGACGGUCAGAGAGACAGACUGUCUUGUUCUCACUUUGUGCGUUCACACCUGGUCCUCAGUUUGUGGUGAACAGGUGAGACUGUUGUCCCUCUUCAGCUCCGCCCACAGCAGGUAGAAAUCCUAUUUGUUGACCAGACAGGAAGGAAGUCACAGGUUACUGUCAUAUUAAAAUAAAAUCAGAUGAGUGCAGCUCCAGCAGAGGGCGCUCUGCUCACAGCUUCUCCUCCUCAUUAACAUAUAAAUGAAGCAGAGUUUUGACCUCAUUACCUUCAGUCAUUAAGACAGUUUACACUGUUUAAUCUGAAGUGACCCAAAAAGCACACAAAGACACACUGAGGGACAGACACUGAGGGACAGAUACUGAGGGAGAGACGCUGAGGGACAGACAUGGAUUAACACUGUUCAUUGUACAGGGAACAAUAAAGAUUAGUCUCCGUGUCUGUUUGUGUUGGUUCAAUAUGUUUUUUUGUUUUUCUGGAGAAAUCUGUUGGUUACAAAGACAACAUGAGACGUUUGAAAAGAUUAUUAAAAUACUGAAAUUUCAAACAUCACUGAAGUUUCGAUGAAACAAACUGAAACUUCUUUCAAAUCAUUUUGUAUUUUAUAUAAAACACUGACUGACUGUUGUUCUAUAAGAAAUAUUUCUCAUUUACUGACUGAGCUCUGAAGGGGGGCGUUAGGACCUGACGGAGGACUGAGGGGGGGCGGGCGGAGCAUCCAGCUCACAAAACUUACUACGAUC